UCAUUCUGUCUGUUGGGGAACCGGCCGCCACUCCCCCACUCCCCUAGACCCCUCUUUUUGGUGCCCCUCAACUUUGGCGAGCGGGGGCGCGCGCCGCACGCGGCUGCACCUGCCCUGGCGCUCCGGGACUACGGACCGGUGCGCUCCGCCGGGGUAGCGGCGUUGACGCGCCCGACUCCAGAACGCUGGGCUAGUGUCUGCGCCGCGCGGACUCCAGGGAGCAAGCGGAGGACUGCGUGGCGGGUUGGGUAGGACCUGAACCGCUAAAAGCGGAACCGCCUCCCGCCCUCGCUCCAGCCGCCCGCCCGCCCGAAGCUGAGUCGCCGGCAGCUGAGUCCCUGGCGGAGGACGGACCAGGGAGUUUCCUCUCGCACUGGAUGGAGCUGAACUUUGGGCGGCCAGAGCAGCGCGGCCGUCCGCGGAUCGCUGCAUGCUGAGCUCCCUCGGCGAGACCCAGCGGCAGCUCGGGAUUUUCGGGGGGGGCGGGGACCAGCUGCGCGCCGGCACCAUGUUCCUGGCGACCCUGUACUUCGCACUGCCGCUUCUGGACGUGCUCCUGUCGGCCGAGGUGAGCGGCGGGGACCGCUUGGACUGUGUGAAAGCCAGCGACCAGUGCCUGAAGGAGCAGAGCUGCAGCACCAAGUACCGCACGCUGAGGCAGUGCGUGGCGGGCAAGGAGACCAACUUCAGCCUGACCUCGGGCCUGGAGGCCAAGGACGAGUGCCGCAGCGCCAUGGAGGCCCUCAAACAGAAGUCGCUCUACAACUGCCGCUGCAAGCGGGGUAUGAAGAAGGAGAAGAACUGCCUGCGCAUCUACUGGAGCAUGUACCAGAGCCUGCAGGGAAAUGAUCUGCUUGAAGAUUCCCCUUAUGAACCAGUUAACAGCAGAUUGUCUGAUAUAUUCCGAGUGGUCCCAUUCAUACCAGAUGUUUUCCAGCAAGUGGAGCACAUCCCGAAAGGGAACAGCUGCCUGGACGCCGCCAAGGCCUGCAACCUGGACGACACCUGCAAGAAGUACAGGUCCGCCUACAUCACCCCGUGUACCACCAGCAUGUCCAACGAGGUCUGCAACCGGCGCAAGUGCCACAAGGCCCUCCGGCAGUUCUUCGACAAGGUGCCGGCCAAGCACAGCUACGGGAUGCUCUUCUGCUCCUGCAGGGACAUCGCCUGCACCGAGCGCAGGCGGCAGACCAUCGUGCCUGUGUGCUCCUACGAGGAGAGGGAGAAGCCCAACUGCUUGAAUUUGCAGGACUCCUGCAAGACGAAUUACAUCUGCAGAUCUCGCCUGGCGGAUUUUUUCACCAACUGCCAACCGGAGUCAAGGUCUGUCAGCAGCUGUCUGAAGGAGAACUACGCCGACUGCCUCCUCGCCUACUCGGGGCUUAUUGGUACAGUCAUGACCCCCAACUACAUAGACUCCAGCAGCCUCAGCGUGGCCCCCUGGUGUGACUGCAACAACAGUGGAAACGACCUGGAGGAGUGCUUGAAAUUCCUGAACUUCUUCAAGGACAACACAUGUCUCAAAAAUGCAAUUCAAGCCUUUGGCAAUGGCUCGGAUGUGACGGUGUGGCAGCCAGCCCUCCCAGCUCAGACCACCACUGCCACCACCACCACAGCCUUCCGGGUCAAGAACAAGCCCCUGGGGCCAGCGGGGUCUGAGAAUGAAAUCCCCACUCAUGUUUUACCGCCUUGUGCAAAUUUACAGGCACAGAAGCUGAAAUCCAAUAUGUCGGGCAGUACACACCUCUGUCUUUCUGAUCGUGAUUACGAAAAGGAUGGUCUCGCUGGUGCUUCCAGCCACAUAACCACAAAAUCAAUGGCUGCUCCUCCACGCUGCGGUCUGAGCCCACUGCUGGCCCUGGUGGUAACUGCCCUGUCCACCCUAUUAUCUUUAUCUUUGGCAGAAACAUUGUAGCUGCAUUUAAAAAAAAAAUACGGACAUGUGAAAAAGACAAACACCAAGUUAUCUGUUUCCUGUCCUCUUGUAUAUCUGAAAUUCCAGUUUUAGGAGCUCAGUUGAGACACUGCUAAAACAGUUUCAUCCAACUGGAACUUGUUUCUUUCUUUUUCUUUCUGUCUCUCUCUCUUUUUUUUUUUUUUAAGAAAGCUUCUUGUGAUCCUUAGGGCUUAUAUGGGAUCCCCGAUGCAGAGCAACAUUCCAGACUCAAAAGGCUUUGGGGCAUGCUGUAUUAUAAAGGGGCAGUUUGUUAAUUUGGCUGUAAAGCCAGCUGGGGCCAGGUUUUUCAAGAGGAUGAUGAGGAUGAGGGUUUUAACAACUGAACUCUGGCCUUUGCUAGCUAGAGAAGGAGUUUCUAAAGAAUCCUCCAUAGCUCAUGUAGUAACUUUGAUUUCUGAUGACACAACUGCAGCUGUCGGUACAUGGAUGCCAAGCCUUUUUUGGUCACAAAGCAAAGAUUCUCAUCCAAUCUUGAUGGACUUUUGUGCAAACAAGCUUGUACCAAUGUUCACCUUUCUAUCUGUACGAGCAUUUUCCGCGCUAACGUUUAUGUACUGUAAACAGUUCUGCACUCUCCUCCAAAACCAAAAACACCUGUCACAUCCAAAUGUAGUGUGUCUUCUAGUCAAAUCAGAGAGUGAGAGUGGGCGCGAGACUUCACGGAACCUUGAUCACUGAGACAUUCUCCUGAGCCUUACUGAGAGAGAAGCCCUCAAACUAAUAAGAGUCAAAUAUAGCCGAAGCAUCGCUCUAAUAUUCUUUACACGUAUGAGGUUAUAUGUAGAAAAAAAAUUUUACUACUAAAUGAUUUCAACUAUUGGCUUUCUAUAUUUUGAAAGUAAUGAUAUUGUCUUCAUUUUUUUACUGGUGGUUUAAUACCAAACACAUGGAGCUUGUUUUCCUCUCGUAAGAAGUGUUCGCUCCGAAAUUAACUUCACGAAUACAGCUCUUCAAAAGCAGACUCUGAGGAGCCUCAUGCUUCAGCAGGAAGCUCUGCAUCACAUUACUGCGGACAGGCAGGAGGAAACGGAGCAGCCAGGCCUUGUCUUUUAUCGUUUCUUGAAAGGCAAGUGUGCAUACCCGUGAGGAAGCCAGUGGCCACUUGUAAAUUUCUGCACCGUCUAAUGGCACCCUUGCCAGUUGACACAAGCCAGUACCUUGGUUUUCAUGUUACCUGACAAAGGCGGCUGUGACUGGGAUGGGAGAACAGGGCGUCCUGCCAUCCCUUCUGAAACAGAUCCAUGCCAUGGUACAUAGUUCUCUUCCUAAGGAUUGUCUUGACUCCCAGCAUUGAUGGCUUGGCUGCUGUGUAGAGCAGUUUGGUCUGAAGGUCACUGGGACUCUGCUUGCACUGUGUUCUGUGUCCUCCAUGAUGGACUGUGACUGACUCUGCAAAAAAAGGAGGAAGGUUUGUGGAUCAAGAGAGUCACCAUUAGGUCUGUGGAGAUGAGUCAGUUGGCACAGAUACACCGAACAGAGCAGGACUUUGGAUAUAAGGCAUCCAGCUUGUUAACUGCACGUCAUCUUCCAUCGCAUCUUCCUUAAAUGAAUGGACCCAGGAGGGCACUUUUGAAGUGGAGGUCUGGUUGAAAUGGUGAGAUUCGAAGUCUACAAGGAUCAAGUCCUAGUAGUAGCCAUGUUUCUCUCAAACUGAACAGAGACGAGGAGAUUCCCACCUUAACAGAGUGCUCAAAGCAUUAGCUUCUUCCCACAUCAGUAGAGGGGAUGGAGGAGGAAACCCAGUGUUCACAUCUCAUCCCAAUUCCCUUUACCCACGGAUGUUUGCCUUGUAAGAAUUAAUCCAAUUGCUAGGGUGGGAAGUCUAUUAAAUUUAAGAUGAAGGCAUAGUCUUUUAGCUCUAUUGGUGUUUAAAGUACAUUUAUAUCCAAAUGUUAAUAAACAUAAAUGUAUAAUACUAAGUACUGAGUUUUUUCACUUCAAAAUGUUUUCAAGGGAAAUUCAUCAAACAGAUUUGAUGAGCAAAAGGUUUCGUAAAGACUCUUACUUUGAAUAAACACACUGAAUGUGUC